UAUUUUGUACAAAUUUGAAGGGUUUUUCCUUUCUACGAGAUUUUUGAAAAGCGAUUCGUUUACAGAUUAAUAGUACUUAAUUAUUCGGCCAUGAGUGGAAGUCACGGGUAUAUAACUGUACAGACGGCAUGCAGCAUUGAAUUUUAAACUGAGCCGAUUGUCAAUUAUGUAUUACUUGCAUCGUUAUGUAUUUGUCAGCUGAUUUUUUGUUCACCAGUGAAAGCUCUCGUUCUCAACGACUUUCGUUAGGGGAAAAUGCGCUACUGUUGCUAACUGACAGAAACCCAAGUUGAGUUGUUUUCUUUCCUCGUUCAGUUUAGAACAUGACGCAAGCAGAAUAAGGUUCUAUCGAAAUUAUGGUGUAACAAGUUGGGGUAAUUCAAUUAUGAAUUGCCUAGCUCUUUUGUCGCUGUUUUGUGUGCUCAGUGUUUGCAAUUCAUUCCCACAACAGUUCAGCCCAACAACAGAGACUUUGUCAGCAAAUGUAUUACGGCUGAGUGAAACGGAACAGUUGAUCCAUUCCAAUACAGUGGGAAGUAAUCAAAAUCUGUUGCAACAUGGGAGCCCUACGCAAACCAACAGUACAAUACAUCAUAUUCCCAUUGCUGAACCCAAUUUCCCGAGAGUGGCCAUUCCGUUUGCGAUUGGCAUGUGGGUUCUCGGCGUCUGCAUAGUCAAAACAGUGCUGAACGGUUGGCCGAAACUGUUGGCCUGGUUCCCCGAAACCUGUUGCUUAGUCGUCGUCGGGUUCGCCGUCGGAGGCGUUUUGUACGCCACCAAAACGGCCGUGCUGUCCCCACUGUCGUCGACCAUCUUCUUCUUCUGUAUGCUGCCGCCCAUCAUCUUGGAUGCCGGUUAUUUUAUGCCCAAUCGGCUCUUUUUCGACCAUUUCGGCACAAUUCUCCUCUUCGCCGUGGCCGGGACAAUAUUCAACGCCAUUUGCAUAGGUAUUAGUCUGUGGGCUUGCGGUUUGUCUGGUCUUUACGGUUUCGAGAUUUCUUUGCUGGAAACGCUCCUUUUCUCAUCUCUCAUAUCCGCCGUCGAUCCAGUGACUGUGCUGGCAGUUCUUGAAGAAGUGAACGUCGCAAAAGUCCUUUACAUAAUCGUCUUUGGAGAAUCAUUGAUGAAUGAUGCUGUCUCUGUGGUUCUGUAUAACAUGUGUGACUCUUACGUCACUCUAGGCGCCGACAAAAUCGAAACGGCAGACGUUUUGACCGGAUUCGCCGCUUUUAUUGUUUUGGCACUUGGCGGAACGGUCAUCGGCAUCGUUUGGGGAUUCCUGGCCGGUUUCGUCACCAAAUUUACCCACCGUGUUCCGGUCAUCGAGCCCAUCUUUGUAUUCAUUAUGAGCUAUGGGGCUCUAAUUAAUGCUGAAGCCUUCCAACUAUCUGGAAUUUUCUCGGUCAUGUUUUGCGGUAUCACAAUGAAGAACUACGUGGCAGAGAACGUGUCGCCCGCUUCCCUGACGACCAUCAACAAGGGACUGAAGGCGAUCAGCAAUUGUUCUGAAUCGAUCAUAUUCAUGUUUCUCGGCAUCACUACCGUCAACGACCAUCACGAGUGGAACACGGCCUUCAUUCUCCUCACCGUAUUUUUCUGCACGCUCUACAGAGCAAUUGGCGUUUUUCUCCUGUCGGAAAUCGCCAACUAUUUCCGCCUUCACAAACUGAAUUUUGUCGAAAAGUUGGUCAUGUCUUACAGCGGAUUACGUGGAGCUAUCGCCUUCGCUUUGGUUCUCCUCAUCGAUCCCGGUCGCAUCCCCCGUCAGCCGCUUUUUGUAACCGCAACCAUCACUGUCGUCUUCUUCACCGUUUUCUUCCAGGGCAUCACCAUCCGACCGCUUGUGAGAUUCCUCAAGGUGAAACAAGAAGAACAUCAGGAGAAAACGAUGAACGAACGUCUACAUGAAAGGAUGCUUGAUUAUACCAUGGCAGGAGUUCAUGAUGUUUUGGGUCAAUGCAACAGUGUCAAAGUUCGUAACAAAUUCAAGCAGUGGGAUUACGCUUACAUCCGUCCUUUUUUGAUCCGCGGGAAGAAACACCGCGAACCUAAAAUCACGGAGACCUACUGGGCUUUGACAGUCCUUGAGGCAACUGAAUUGGCCCGAUGCAACACUCGUGCGAGAUUGUCAGAACCUUGCAACGAGAAUACGACGACCAAUCCCCCACAACCAAACGAAAAUCAAGUUGUUGAAUUGUACGAAUACAACGAAGACUUGACGACGACGGAAGAUGGCUGGACCAACAGGACAUGUCAUCAUUCGUGCAAACUUUAUCGUUGCAAGAGCGUUGGCCAUUCGAGGUGUUUUCGCUACGCGCUGGGUAGUCAGAGCGUUGAUCAAUCGAGAAAUGUUAUUGCUAAUCAAGUGGCCAUCAGCGAAUGUCAAGUUGGAAAUAAGAAGCGAGUGGAGCGCACAAUCACGUUCCGUGAAACAAGUGAUCGGCGCGAUAUAGACGAAGCAGCAGGAUGCGAUUUCAACGUCUUUUACCGGGCAACAGGCAACAGUGUCGAAGAGACAGGAAACGGAGAGAUUUUGUUUUGCGCCCCAGUUCUCAAUCCACAGGGAGACACCUUAAGAAGCUCUUCGAAAGGUUCGACUUUAACAUGUGGCGAUUAUUCAUCUCUACGUGGCUGCAUCGAAUCACCAAAAUGAAAGAAGUCCAUUCGUUGACGAGGAUUAGCUAUAUUUUUUCUUCAAUCACUCUGCUUGUUAAACAUUUUCGACGAUUGCAAUUAAUAACUGCCAAGUACCCAGUGACAAUUUGCAGUAGCGCGCACAAAGUCACUGCCAUAGUUAGAAUAAUUGCCAUACAUAGUUGGAGCUAUCCAUUAUUUGUGUAUUGGCCAUACAGGGAGCAAAGAAAAAUAAAGAAGUCACUGAGAA